GAGAAGUUUCUCCGCGUGGACCGAACCGGAGCCUCCUCGGCCACAUCCACAUCUCCCCUGUAAGUUGGGAGGUCAGUGGGUUGCAGUCAUGCUGUCCCUGGACGAGCCCCUGGACUUGAAACUCCCUCGGCGGGCCACUGGGAGGGACAGAGGUGCGCGCUCUCCAACCCUCUCACUGCUGCACCCUGAGCGUGUUCGCCAACUCCACAUGACGGAUGAUGGGACGGCAGUUAUAGAGCCCGCGUCACCAGCAUCUCCACACUCAGGUGUGCAGGUGGUCCCUCAUGACCGAACAGAUACCCCAACCCCUCCUGCGGUGGACUUGAGCAUGUCUCCCUCCUCCCGUCACACCCCCAGUUCUCCAGAAAUGAACAACUACGUCCCCUCAGGGGUGAGUACGACACACAGACAUCUGCAGGCACAGACAGAAAGCUUUAACCAUAAUUAAUGUUCUCGUCUCUCACAGGCAUUCCAAUUCUUUGUGCCAAUUGGACCUGGGGCAGGACUUCACUUGCCGUCCUCUAUGUUUAUUGGCCAAACGAACGAUAAGAGGGCCUCUCCUGACCUUUCAUCAGAUGAGCAACUGGCCUGUCGCUGGAAGAAGUGUCAUCUGCUUUUUGACUCCUUACAAGAUCUAGUGGACCACGUCAAUGACUUCCAUGUCAAACCUGAGAAAGAUUCUGGGUACUGCUGCCACUGGGAGGGCUGUGCUCGAAAAGGAAGGGGGUUUAAUGCAAGGUACAAAAUGCUCAUUCAUAUUCGCACUCAUACCAAUGAGAAGCCCCACCGCUGUCCCACCUGCAACAAGAGCUUCUCACGCCUGGAGAACCUCAAGAUACACAACCGCUCACACACAGGUGAAAAGCCCUACAUUUGUCCCUACGAGGGCUGCAACAAGCGCUACUCCAACUCCAGCGACCGCUUCAAACAUACACGCACGCACUACGUAGACAAGCCCUACUACUGCAAGAUGGUGGGCUGCCUGAAGCGUUACACAGAUCCCAGCUCUCUGAGGAAGCACAUCAAAGCGCACGGCCACUUUGUGGCUCAAGAGCAGGGCUCCCCAGGUGGCGUGGGCUCUCUGCUGAAGGGAAGUCAGAGUGGAGGGCUCGCUACUGGUGGUGGUGAUAAGGAUUCAGAGUUGUCCUAUUUGAGCGGAGCUCAUAUCAUCAUCCCUGGAGCAGCAGCUGCUCUUCUGGGAGGUCAUGCCCUGCAGGGCUUGGGUAGUGCCCUUCCUCUGUCCCCCCUCAGUUCUAGGCCCCUGGACCUCAGCACUCUGGGAACCUCCAACUCCCCUCCAGCCAGCUUUGGAGGCACAUCCAUCUUGUCCUUCAGUGGUUCACCUCUGGGCAUGGCCAAGGCUCCUCUGCUCUCCCCGUCGUUUCCCUCUUCGAUCCUUGGACUGCCAAUGGUUCCGAUGCCGGGGGCCACACCUGAGCGCCGGGUCCAGAGCCACCUGGCAAAGAAAGGCAUAGGAGAGGAAGCCGAGGAUGAGGUGCCUGGGGGGGUCCUAAACCUCUCAACAGGAGGGUCUCAUGAUCCGCUGUCCUGGGUGGUCAUCCCCCCAGGUGCUGUGGUGCUGAAGCCAGCUGUAGUCAACUGAUAUGCACACACACAGACGUACACAAACACAUGCACGCACACACACACACAUACACAUUCCAGAAGAGCUCAGGGGGUUGAGGUCAAUGCCAUAGUGAGAGAAUAAGAGGUUAAAGGUGACUGCACAAUCAGUUCCAGGCAGUGCAUUAAGGACGGGUAAAAGAAAAGAA